CUUUCAUUCGUUGCACCGGCAAUAGCGUAAUAGCGAAUGUAUUCUCGUCCAGGUUUGGCUUUCCUCUGUUUGUGGGCGAUUACGGACGCCUACAAUGUAUUAAUUAUUGGCGGUACGCGUUUUUCGGGAGCAGCGUUGUGGAAGGAACUGUACGAUCGUGGACACACCGUGACGGUCUACAAUCGAGGAAAGACUCCGGCACAAGCCGUGGUACGGGAAAGUGUCGACGAUUUUGACGCCCGUAUCCGUGCAGCCACCUUUCUCCAGGGCGAUCGGCAGGAUCCGGAACAGCUCCGACGUCUUAUCGAUCCGGACCGGUACGACUAUGUGUACGACAUGAACGCGCGGGAAGAACCCGACACGAAACCUUUGGCGUCACUCUUCGUCGGUCAUAGCCAACUGAAACAGUACGUAUUCAUGAGUUCCGCCGGCGUGUAUCUGUUGUCGGACGAAAUGCCGCACUUGGAAACCGACGCGGUGGACGCCAACUCCCGUCACAAGGGCAAACUGGAAUCGGAAGCCUGUUUACAAGCUUUAGGUAUUCCGUGGUGCAGUUUCCGUCCGACGUACAUUUGCGGGCCGGGCAAUUACAAUCCCGUAGAGCGUUACUUUUUCGAACGUCUCGAGGCCGGUCGUCCGGUGUGCGUUCCAUCGCACGGCCAGCACUUGACUGGUCUCGGACACGUGGAGGACUUGGCCGUGGCCAUGGCCAACGUGGUGGACCGACACACCGUGACGACGGGGAAAACGUACAACGUGCAAAACAGGCAGGCAAUCACGUUCGACGGGGUAGUCCGGACGGCCGCGGCAGUCACGGGGCGAGCGCGGGAUUCCGUAGAGAUUGUCCACUACGAUCCGGGGACCGUGGAGUUUCCUGCCGGUGCCAAGGCGUUCCCGAUGCGUCCCCAACACUUCUUUUGUGGCGUGGAACGCGCCGUACAGGAUUUGGAAUGGACCCCCCGAUUCGAUACGGUGGAAGCCAUUUUGCGGGAUUCGUACGAGAACGAUUUUGUGUUACUGCGCGAUUCCGGGGGCUUACGCGACGACUUUGUGUGUGACGAUAUUGUACUACAAAAGAUUCAGGGCGUUUCCAAAGCAGCUGCGGAGGGAGCGAGCGUUUGAGCGGAGCGUAGUGAGCUAGAGGAACGUAUAUAUACACUCUUGUGACGACAGUAUCACCUUGGGGGGAUCAAGGGGCGAACGCCUACACGUGCCGCCGAGAGUCAGUACGAUUCAGUGCAGCAAAAACGGAACGUAUGGAAUACAUCAAACUAUUUGCCGACGUUAGACUUACUUAUUGUUAUCU